AUGUGUGUCUAUUAUUACAACCCAAAAAGGGUAACUGUAGCUGGUGGUGGUGAUGUGGCGCGCAGUGAUCUUGGCAGCGACAAAGGAUGCAUAACUGCAGAUGGUGACGACAUGUCAACCAUAUGUGAUGAGGGAAGGGGUUUCAAUUUUCCAAUUGGCUUCUACCCAGAGCCAAGAUCAAAAUCCCGAUUUCUCGAUUGGUCACUCCAAUUCGUGACCAACACCUCAGAUUGGUCACAACAAUUGACACAAGAAACUGAACCAGUAGAUGAAGAAGAUGCAAUUAACGAAGAAGAAGAAGAGGAAGCAGAAUCAUAUUCAGAACCACCUGAAGAGGCAAAGCUUUUUGUCGGUAACUUACCCUACGAUUUUGACAGCGAGAAAUUGGCUAAUCUCUUCAAUUCUGCCGGAGUAGUAGAUAUCGUCGAGGUUAUAUACAACAGGGAUACAAAACAAAGUAGAGGAUUUGGGUUUGUGACAAUGAGCACAGUAGAAGAAGCUGAGAAAGCUGUGGAGAAGUUCAAUGGCUAUGAUUUGAGUGGAAGGGCUCUUACUGUAAAUAAGGCUGCACCAAGAGGUUCACAACCAGAAAAACGAUUGGUGGGGACUUCUUUCAAGAUCUACGUGGGUAACCUAGCAUGGCAGGUGGAUAGUGAACGUCUGGAGCAGGCGUUUAAUGAACAUGGGAAAGUGGUCGAUGCAAGGGUGAUUUAUGAUCGUGAAAGUGGAAAAUCACGUGGGUUUUUGUCAGCUUAG